GUAGGGGCAUAUUUACAGGGAACUGGGAGAAAAAGAAGCUGAGAGAGCUGAGAAUCUAAUAGGGUGGCCAUAAAGUAUCUUUAGUGCGUUUAUAGUAAAGCCUCUGAAAGCUGAGACACAGAAGAAUUACUAUUAUCUCCGAACUUUUAGUAUACCAAGAAAAAUGAAAAGGUGCAGAGGGGAACUAAAAUGUGCAAGUCAGCCAGGAAGAAACGGUCUUAACGUCAAACCGGACGAAACCAGAGGCGUCUAACGAUUGACACGUUCCUCUCAGUGCAAGGAAGAUGACGAAGAGGUUCGAGUUCAACUGGCAGAUCGAGGUACCUCUUCCUCUCCGUCGGGGAUGCAUGUUCGACCGAUGGUCGGAGGAAAAGGACAACACGGAACUGGAGGCGGACUGUACGUUCAAGGUGGACGAAUAUGGCUUCUUCAUCUACUGGCAAAGUGUAGGAAGGGACGGGGACGUGAUAGAGCUGUGUCAAGUGAGCGACAUACGCGCCGGCGGCGUGCCGAAGGACCCGAAGCUGCUCGACAAGCUGCUAACGAAGCACGGCGUUCAGCUAGACGAGAAAAGUUUAACCAUCUGCUCGGGCGUGGAUUAUACCAAUAUUAAUUACCAGCACGUCGUCUGCCCGGAUUCAGCGACAGCAAAGAUAUGGCUGGAUGGCAUCCGAUCGAUUACACACAACGUGAAAGCCAACAACGUUUGCCCGCUCACGUGCUUGAAGAAACAUUGGAUGCGGCUGAGAAUGCUGGUUGAUCCGAAUGCUAAAGUUCCAGUGAAAGUGGUCGCGAGAACUUUCGCGUCCGGGAAAACGGAAAAGCUCGUCUAUCAGUGCCUCGCCGAAUUAGGCCUACCCAGCGGAAAGAACGACGUGAUCGAGCCGAACGACUUCACUUUCGACGUGUUUUACGCGCUUUACCACAAAAUCUGUCCGAGGAACGACAUCGAGGAGUUGUUCCAGUCCAUCACCCAAGGAAAGGCGGACACGAUCAAUCUGGAGCAACUGGUCACGUUCCUGAACGAGAAGCAACGGGACCCGACGUUGAACGAGAUCCUUUACCCCCUGUACGACGAGAAGAGGGCGGUGGAGAUCAUAAAGGAUUACGAACAGAACGAGACGGCGCGGAAUCAAAAAACGAUGACGAAGGAUGGUUUCAUAAGGUACCUGAUGUCCGACGAGAACGCGCCCGUUUUCUUGGACCGGCUAGACGUCUACAUGGACAUGGAUCAGCCGUUGGCUCACUACUACAUCAACUCCAGCCACAACACCUAUUUGAGCGGCAGGCAAUUUGGCGGCAAGAGCAGCGUCGAGAUGUAUAGACAGGUGUUGCUCGCCGGCUGCAGGUGCGUGGAGCUAGAUUGCUGGGACGGCAAAGGAGAGGACGAAGAACCGAUAAUCACUCACGGCAAGGCCAUGUGCACGGAUAUCCUCUUCAGGGACGUGAUAUACGCGGUCAGAGACACCGCCUUCGUCACGUCCGAGUAUCCGGUGAUCCUCAGCUUCGAGAACCACUGCACCAAGAAGCAACAAUACAAACUGGCCAAGUACUGCGAAGAAAUUCUGGGCGACUUGUUGCUGAAGGAACCUCUUAAAGAGUAUCCCCUGGAAGCAGGCGUGUCGCUACCGCCGCCGAGCAUGUUGAAGCGGAAGAUUUUGAUCAAGAACAAGCGCUUGAAGCCGGAAGUGGAGAAGCACGAGUUGGAGUUGUUCAGGCAAGGUCAGUUCGUGAUCGAGGAUGAGGUGAAGGAGGACGCCAGCGCACCGCCAGUAGUGGCAGCGGUAGUCGAGCAGCAAGCGGUGAAGGAAGAAGUUAGCGUGCCGGAAACGGUCGCUUCGACCACCACCGCGAACCACCCUCAGCCUGUCACUAACCCUGCAUUAGGCGACAGUAUAGAGCUAGCAGUGGUUCAACCGUACACCGGAAGCACGACCAAUGUCCACCCGUGGCUGUCGUCCAUGGUCAACUACGCUCAGCCUAUCAAGUUCCCGGGCUUCGACGUUGCUGAACAGAAGAACAUUCAUCACAAUAUGUCUUCCUUCUCGGAAACCGCUGGCCUGAAUUACCUGAAAACGCAAGCUAUCGAGUUCGUCAAUUACAAUAAACGGCAAAUGAGCCGGAUUUACCCGAAGGGCACCCGAGCGGACUCAUCGAAUUACAUGCCACAGGUCUUCUGGAACGCUGGCUGUCAAAUGGUGUCAUUGAAUUUCCAAACCGCGGAUCUGCCGAUGCAACUGAACCAGGGCAAGUUCGAGUACAACGGAUCGUCGGGUUACCUUCUGAAGCCGGACUUCAUGAGAAGGGCCGAUCGAAGCUUCGAUCCUUUCGCGGAGAGUCCUGUCGAUGGCGUCAUCGCCACGCAGUGCAGCGUUCAGGUAAUAGCAGGCCAAUUCUUAUCAGACAAGAAAGUCGGAACGUACGUGGAAGUAGAGAUGUACGGUCUACCCACAGACACAAUUCGAAAGGAGUUCCGGACGAGGGUGGUACCAGCGAACGGCCUGAAUCCUGUUUACAAUGAAGAACCCUUCCUAUUUCGAAAAGUCGUCCUGCCGGAUUUGGCGGCCUUGCGUUUCGCGGUUUACGAUGAAUCCAACAACAAGCUUCUAGGCCAGAGAAUCGUUCCUCUAGACGGUCUACAGUCAGGAUACCGGCACAUAUCUCUGAGAACAGAGGCGAAUUUCCCUAUGUCCCUGCCUAUGCUGUUCUGUAACAUCGAGAUCAAGAUCUACGUGCCUGAUGGCUACGAAGGACUCAUGGAUGCACUGACGGCGCCACGGGCCUACAGGAAACCGGACAACACGUCGCAGAAUACGAUGAAGGGUCUCGGGAUCGAGAAAAGCGAUAUCAAAGGUAAUGACUCCGCACCAGCUCAUCAUCAACCACCUAAGCCCCGAGAGGAGAUGAAAUUCGAUCCCAUAACGGCAGAAGUAUUAAGACAAGAGAAGGGCUACCAGAAGGUGCUCACGAAACAACAAAAGGAGCUCGAGUCUCUGAAGAAAAGGCACCAGAAAGACAAACUAACCGUCCAGAAGCAGCACUGUGUUGCCAUAGAGAAGAUUAUUAAAGGAAAAAACAAAGCACACCUAUCGAGGGAUCCAACUGUUCGCAGAGCAGUUUCCGAUCAAACGGUCCAAUGGUCUCGACUGGCCGACAGGCAGCGUCGCGAGGAGCGCGAUUUGAUUCGUGCGCACCUGGAGGAACGACGGAACACCUUAUGCAAACUGUGCGUGGCUGCUCAGCUGUCGCAGCAGAAACAGCUGGCGGCGCGACACGAGCGAGAGAUCAAGGAGCUGAACGCUAGACAGGCGAGGCUGUCGGUGGAAAGCAUGAGGGAGGUGAUGAACGACAAAACGUUGAAGACCCGGGGGAUUAAAGAAGGUAGGCUAAGGGAGAAGCAGCAGAACAACACGAAGAAGUUCAUGGAGGAGCGGAGGAUCGCGCAGAGCAUCCAGAAUAGAGAGAAAGAGAAACUGAAAGUGAUUCAUGAGAAACAACUAGAGGAACUGCAAAGGGAUAUGAACGCGAUUAUGGACGUGUACAAAAACGAGGAGAUGGAGUACGAGCUAGGCCCCAAGACCGAGUUCUACGUGUGAUGGCCGCCGCGUUGUGUCGUAUUCGUCCCUCUGUGACUGACCGGUUGCAGUGAAGUCGAGGUGCUGCGUUCCGAGUAUCCGCAUACAAACGUUAAUUACAAUUGGAAUUGGGAUCAAGCCUCGUUGGCCGACGUUCUCGGACCCGUCGACGUAGCCGCGCGACUCCCACGCGUGAACGCGUCUACGUCCCGAGAACCGGAAGCGAACGGAGAACCUCCGCGUUAAUCGUAAUUCUAGUUCAUUCUCCUGGAUAUUUUUUUAUAAGAAGAAGCAUCUUGUAACUCUCCAUACUCUCCGUCGUCGCACGAGCAAGUACCUAGACUAAAUAAGGGAGUCAAUAAAAUAAAACUAAAGUGAUCUAGUCAAGUUCUUAUAUUAAUGAUAGGUAUAUUUAUAUGUGUAUAUAUAUAUAUAUAUAUAUAUAUAUAUAUAUUUAUAUUAUUUAUAUAUAUAUGUAUAUAUAUUAUACGUGCGGUGUGCUCGGUUGGAACAUACACGGUGUUAAUAGAAAACAAGGACAUUAUUCUGGGAUUUAAUAGAGAACGCAACACCAAGCAGAAAUCAAUAUGGAGAUUCACAGUCUAGUCUGCCAGCAAAGAACGUCCGUAAGUUUCAUUUACCAGAUUCUCCAAGAAAACGUCAUAUAAUAGUUAAUAAUCAUUUUUACGGAAUCCACUGUCCUGUUUCACGUAGAUUGGCGUUCGAUGUUAAAUCUAUGAUUUAAUGUCCACGUUUUCGAACGAAACCUGUAUACUCACAAUUAUUCCACGCACGAUUGAUAGACAGACUCGAUACCGUCGUACACUAGGCGGAUCGAGGAAUAAUUGUCGGUAUAAGUUUGAACCGAACACGCCGUGUACACGAGGAACCGUGUCACGCGGAGUUAGCGUGCCGCGUGAUGCGCCGAUUUCAAUAUUUUUCGAUUGUUAACGCUAUUAUCGAAGUCUAUUGUACGAUGUGAGUGAUCCGUGGAACGAUUGUGCGUGCGUGUGUGUUGUGUUUCAUUGCCUAACGCAGAGAGGAAUUACAUUUUCGUCGCCGUGACGAUUCCUUCGUUGUAAUAUUGUAACUCCGAACAAAAAACACAAAAAAAAA